AUGGAGCACAUCCGUACGACCAAGGUUGAACAAGUGAAAGUUCUGGACCGAUUCAGCAUCAGCACCAAGUCCUUAACAGGAACUCUGUACUUGACGGCCACACAUCUGUUGUUUAUAGACGCUCAUCACACGGAAACGUGGAUACUGCACCACCAUAUUGCCUCGGUGGAGAAACUUGCGCUGACGACGUCUGGAUGCCCACUUGUGAUUCAGUGCAAGAAUUUCAGGACGGUGCACUUCAUCGUCCCCAGGGAGAGAGACUGCCACGACAUUUACAACUCUCUGCUCCAGCUGUCCAGACAAGCCAAAUAUGAAGAUCUAUAUGCAUUUUCUUAUAAUCCCAAACAAAAUGAUUCGGAACGACUACGUGGUUGGCAGCUUAUUAACCUGGCGGAGGAAUAUAAGAGGAUGGGAGUGCCAAAUUCACACUGGCAGCUGUCCGACGCAAACCGAGAAUACAAGAUCUGCGAGACAUACCCCCGAGAACUGUAUGUUCCCCAAACAGCAAGCAAACCGAUAAUUGUUGGGAGCUCCAAGUUCCGAAGCAAGGGGCGAUUCCCAGUGCUUUCCUACUACCACCAGGAGAAGGAGGCUGCCGUUUGUCGGUGUAGCCAGCCGCUGUCCGGCUUCAGUGCCAGGUGCCUGGAGGAUGAGCAUUUGCUUCAAGCCAUCAGUAAAGCUAACCCGGUCAACCGCUACAUGUAUGUCAUGGACACCAGGCCCAAGCUCAAUGCUAUGGCUAACCGAGCAGCGGGGAAAGGCUACGAGAAUGAGGAUAACUAUGCUAACAUUCGCUUUCAGUUUGUGGGCAUUGAAAAUAUCCAUGUCAUGAGGUCCAGUCUGCAGAAACUACUGGAAGUCACUGGUACCAAAGGGCUGUCUGUCCAGGACUUCUACUCCGGCAUGGAAAGCUCCGGAUGGCCCCGCCACAUCAAAGCUGUCAUGGACGCCGCCAUCUUCUUAGCCAAGGCCGUAGGGGUUGAAAGUGCGAGUGUCCUGGUGCACUGCUCUGAUGGCUGGGACAGGACUUCCCAGGUGUGUUCACUUGGCUCUCUGCUGCUGGACUCCUACUACAGGACCAUCAAGGGGUUCAUGGUUUUAAUUGAGAAAGAUUGGAUCUCCUUUGGGCAUAAAUUUUCUGAGAGGUGUGGCCAUUUGGAUGGUGACCCAAAGGAAGCCUCACCAGUGUUUAUUCAGUUUUUGGAAUGUGUGUGGCAUUUGACCGAACAGUUUCCACAAGCCUUUGAAUUCAAUGAAGCAUUUCUUCUUCAGAUCCACGACCACAUUCAUUCAUGCCAAUUUGGAAACUUCCUUGGAAAUUGUCAGAAGGAAAGAGAAGAGCUCAAGCUGGUGGAGAAGACUUACUCCCUGUGGCCCUUUCUUUUGGAUGACCAGAAGAAGUACCUGAAUCCUCUGUACAGCUCGGAAUCUCAGGGGCUGGCCGUCUUGGAGCCAAGCACAGUGUCUUUCCAGUUUAAGUUUUGGAGAAGCAUGUAUCACCAAUUUGACCGAACUUUGCAUCCGAGACAGUCUGUGUUAAACACCAUUAUGAAUAUGAAUGAGCAGAAUAAACAAUUAGAGAAGGAGAUGAAAGACCUAGAAUCGAAAAUACAGCGGUGCAAAAAUAAGGAAACAGAUGGCAUCCUCAGCAAGGAACUGCUGCACUCCGUUCGUCCGGCAUCACCUCCUGUCCGAACUGCCUUGUGUUUGAAGGAGCAGGCUCUGCUCCCUGUGAACGACGCUCUUCGAACUAUAGAGGGCAGCAACUCGGCAGACAACCGGUACAGCGACUAUGCGGAGACCUUUUCCAAGACCGAGCCUGGCGUAGUCAGCUUAGAGUUCGGCGUGGCCAGAAUGACUUGCUAG